GCAGAGCGGGGCGCUGGCCGCUUUGCUGCUUGUCUCUUUUUUGGAAGACUUGGUCUGUUUGCUGAGCAAGCUAACCAUUUUCUGUGGCUUACUGACGCCAGGUAGUUGUAGGCUCCGAUAUCCUUAAGAUGUGUAAUAGAGCCUGCUGCUUCAGUGUAAAAGAUGCAACAUUAAGGCCUCUUUGGACACAGAGCACUUGACCCAACUGCUGCAGUAGCAAGAUCUCUGCUACCAUGGUUAGAAGAGAGUUAUAAUGCUUGCAAAAGGAAGGAGUGAGCAUUAGCCCAGGAAGCAGCAGUUGUCCUGCAUUGGGGUCUCCAAGACAACUCCAAAACAUUGCCAAUGGAUGAACUGGUGCAUGACUUGGCCUCAGCCUUAGAGCAGACUUCAGAACAAAACAAGCUGGAUGAGCUAUGGGAAGAGAUGGCCCUAAGCCCACGGCAACAGCGGCGUCAGCUUCGCAAGAGACGGGGUCGUAAACGCCGCUCAGACUUCACGCAUCAGGCAGAGCAUGCCUGCUGCUUCAGCGAGGCCUCAGAGUCAAGCUUGGACGAAGCUGUCAAGGAUUGCCGUGAGGUGCUGACAGCCAAUUUCAGUGACUCUGAUGACACAGGGGUGGUCAAACGACACCCUGCUCUUAAUGCCACCCUGAGAAGCAAGCAACACUCAUGGCAUGAGUCAGAUUCCUUUACAGAGAACGCGCCCUGUCGACCUCUCAGGCGCCGACGGAAAGUCAAACGUGUGACAUCGGAGGUGGCUGCCAGUCUCCAGCAAAAGCUUAGGGUGUCAGAAUGGAGUUAUGAGAGGGGCUGCAGGUUCAAAUCAGCCAAGAAACAGCGUCUUUCACGCUGGAAAGAAAAUGCCCCUUGGACAUCAUCCAGUCACAGCCUUUGUGAAUCAGGAGAGAACAGGCCCUUCCUCAGCAAAGGGGGAAGGAAGGAGCGGAUGGAGUGUGAAGCUGAUGAACAGAAACAGGGCUCAGAUGAAAACAUGUCAGAAUGUGAAACCAGCAGUGUAUGCAGCAGCAGUGAUGCUGGCCUGUUUACCAAUGAUGAGGGCCGUCAAGGAGAUGAUGAGCAAAGUGAUUGGUUUUAUGAAGGAGAAUGUGUUCCAGGAUUCACUGUCCCCAACCUUCUUCCCAAGUGGGGAGCUGACCACCGAUCUGAAGUGGAACGUAUUGACUCUGGCCUGGAGAAGCUCUCAGAUUCCAUGUUCCUUUUGCCCUCACGGCCAGCUCAGAGAGGAUUUCAUGCUCGCCUGAAUCGCCUUCCAGGAGCUGCUGCCCGUUGUCUCCGAAAAGGUCGGAGAAGGCUUGUUGGCAAGGAGACCUCCAUGAGCACUCUGGGCACCGAGAGGCUAGGUCAUAUUGUUAGUGAUCCACGCCAGAAAGAAAAGAAUAAAGUGCCGGCUUCCGAUUUCCCGCACACUGUGGCCUGUGCACAUGAGUUCAAUCCAUUAUCUCCUUUGUACUCUCUGGAUGUGCUUGCUGAUGCUUCCCACCGAAGAUGCUCACCAGCACACUGCACUGCCAGGCAAGCAAAUAUACACCUGGGACCACCAUGUUCAAGGGACAUCAAGAGGAAACGGAAGCCAGUUGCAGCGUCCAUGUCCAGCCCAACAUCAGCAACUUUAUCUGUCCACAUGGAUGCAGCAGAGUCAGAGCUACCAGCAACACCAUCUCUGAGAUCCCAGAGCUCUGAAUGGACAGGGAAAACACCAGCAGCGGAGAAAGCUACUAUCACUGCCUCCAGUAACUUUUUUAAAAUGCCACCAGAGAAGAGCCCUGGAUACAGCUAAAAGGAAGCAUUGCAACUGUAAAAGCUUGGAUUUUGAAAGUGUUUGACUCUUGUGUGUCUCUGCCAAACCUCUUGUUUGGUGGUAGUGAUAAUCUUCAGUAUUGGCGCAUGAUGCCUAGCAUCAUCCAGACUGAUCUGUGCCCCAUACACCUAAACCAUGUUUGUGAAUCUGUGUUUAAAAAAAAAGGUAAUCGGUGUUGGGACCUCAGUGGCUUUUAAAAAUAUUCUUGCUAUUGUUGUAUUUAUUAUGCAUUCAUCUCCUUCCCUGCUGCCAGCUUGUAUGUGCUGGGUCAUGUACAGAUUCUUCUGGGUUUUCAGAUCUUUAUUCACCCCCUGGACAUGUUGCUUUUUGUGCAUUUGGUGUUUUUUAGGUGAAAAUCCCCCUGCCACUCAGGCAAGUGUCUCCCCCUGGUUUGUUUGUUUUUUUUUCGGCUGGGGAAUGAGGAGGGAAUGCAAACAAGUUGAAAUAUGGACCCUGAAUUCUGUAUUAGGAGAAUGUUUUCAGGCCAUGUGCUAAUGGACUCAAAUCACGUUGUUUCCAGUGAAGCAAAUACGGUGCUUGUCCAUUCAGAAAUUGCCAUUGGCUUACUGGCAGCAUGAUCCACUAGACCGUUUCCUUCUCCGUUGUUCUGAAUGUCUUUAGUCUUGCUUGUGUAUUGCAUGGUCUUUCCUAAAUCUCCUACUGGAUAAGGAAUUGGGAAAACUACUUGGACAUAAAUGUGCAAGCUGACGUAUUUGAAAGGAACCUGGGCCCUUGAAUAUCCUUGGAGUAUGAUAGAGGAUAUACAAAAUUCCAGUUUCUCAGUGUAUAAAUUAUAAAAUGACUUGUUAGCAUUUCUGCAGGAUGCUUGCCAGAGAGGUUAACAUGCUGUUGAACAAAAAAGCCAUUUAAAGUACCGCCUGAGUUCAGAAUAUUCUGGGUGUUGAUCAGACCUCUUCUAUCUAAGUCUUUCCCUCCCUUCAGAAAGUAUUGUCUGCUCUCUUUUCUAGAGAUGUCUCCACCUAUUGAUGACUGGACUUUGGAGCAUACACAAAUGAGAUUCUCUUCUCUUCAUAGCACUUCCACUUGUUCCUCUGUUAUUUUGUGUUGCAGAAUAUGUGGAUAGUGAUUUCUUCCCUCUCUUUUCUUGAAUUCUUGAUCACGCUUCCCUUUUAAUUACUCUGUCUGGAGCUUGUUUUAAGCUAUGUUUUUAGAAUAUACUCCUGCAUAGCUAGUGUCAAGGAACAGGUGGCCUCAUGGCUUCAUGAGUCCUUUAAAAAUAGGAUAUAUUUGUAUGCUUACAACUCUUUUUUGUUUUCUUCACUGGGUGGAGCUUUCAAACAGUACCCUUUAAGCUCUAAAUUUCAUUUUGAAUGUGGAGGUGCAGUUAGCACUUUUAAGUGGAUAACAAAAUUUGCAUGAAUUUAGUGGUUUUGCAGUCUCCUGCUCUCCCUUAUAAAUCAAAUAGCUGAGGGAAAUAUCAGAGUUUGAGACUAUAAAGCAGUGAUUUAUAUUUAACUCUCUAUUAAAAUGUUAAAUGCUUAUAACAUACACAAAACAAAAAUUGAAUGACUUGCUAAAUCAUGAUUGACAUAUACAGUUAUACUAUAGACACAGUGUCGGUGUCUCAUCCCCUAAAUACCUACUUAUUUUUGGGGAGACAUCUAAAUUGGAGUUACAUUUCCCAGCCCAAGCAAACUGUCAGAUCUGUCAUUAUAAAUCCCUCUCAAAACCGUUUUUUUUUUUUUUGGUGGUGGUACAUUUUUAGAACUAAUUAGAACAGAGAAAGCCUUUUUACCUUGCUGAAGGAGUACAGAGGUCUGUUUGGAUUAUGGAACAAGCUGUAAGGGUUUUGCGGAGAGAGGAGUGUUCCUGUUUUAAAGUAGUCAUUGGAUUGUCUUAUUUUUGUAGGUAUUUCGAGCAGUGGUACUUAAGAGGUGGCAGGGAAAGCCUUGGCACUGUAAGGGCCUGGAGAUUACUGGAAGUUACUGGAGAGCCUGUAAUUUAGAACAAACAAAGAGAAAGUAAACCUGAGCAGUAGUAGCUUGCCUAUCUAGUACUCAUGAACACAGUGAAGGGGAAAGGUGGUCACAUUCUCCUGCCAACCUGCAGAUACAUUUUAGGAUUGGCAGCCUCAUAACCUAACUCGCAGGCUGCUUUAGUGACAGGGAGUGGUUCUCUAAAAUGUGUUUGUGCAAUUGAGUGGUUUUAAUCUCUGCAACCUCUCUUGGUUUGAGCCUGUUCAACAGAUUUCCUCAGAUUACUGAUCCUUCAGCUAA